AUGUCGGGCUGGGCGCGGCAACUGCUUUUCAGCCACGACGGAUCUCGCCUCUUGAUAACGACUGCCACGGAAUACGUCUUUUGGGACCUGCGAGCAAACCGGAAAUCGUCGAGUGGCUCAAAUCUUGAGCAGCAAUGGGUCACACUCGGUCAUAGUUUGGGCCUUAUAACUGCCCAACAUUCGCUUCAGUUGUAUGACUGGGAAGCCCAGCGGCAGGGAGCUGCGCUUCUGCCAGAUAUAUCGUCCACAGUCGUUGCAUCUCCCACAGGUAGCCUCGUACACAAGGUCUUGCCACAAGAUUCCGGAUCGAACAUUGUUGCGUGCACUCUCCCCCACGCUGAUGGGUCCAAGAUCAACAUAAUAGGAUGGUAUGUCCCCUCAACGUGCUCUUCCGGUGUCGCCGCCCAUAAUGCACGUCAUUUCUCCGUGGAGCUUCCAGCGAGAUAUAUCAAAACUUUCAUCGGACUGUGCGCAGACCUUGUCAUCUUCCUUGACCAUGAGCUCUGGAUAUGUUCUGUAUCAGUGCAGGGGCUGAAGAAAGACGGCCAACCCAGGAUUAAACAACACUUUUUUAUACCACCAGACCUUGUGAACGGGGCUGAAGGUCUCAAGGCAAUGAUUACGAAGCAGGGCCACGUCGCCUUUGCCAAAGGAAUCGAGCUCGCAAUUGUUAAACGCGGUUUGAUCAUGGAUUAUACGCCAUAA